GCCAAACCACCCCAUGGGCUGGCUUGACGGCCUCUCUUGUUCCUCUUUGCAGCACGUCUUUGGACGCCAUGCGGGGGGCUCUGACGCCCCUGUCUUCGCUGCCGCCACCUCUGUUGCUGCUGCUACUGGUGCUGGGGUGUGGGCCGAGGACGGCCGCCAGCGGAGGGGCCGCCGGGGCAGCGGGCUACGCGCCGGUGCAGUACGUGCAGCCCAUGCACAAAGGACCCGUGGGGCCGCCCUUCCGCGAGGGCAAGGGCCAGUACCUGGAAAUGCCUCUCCCGUUGCUGCCGAUGGACCUGAAAGGAGAGCCCGGCCCCCCUGGGAAGCCUGGUCCUCGGGGCCCUCCUGGCCCUCCUGGCUUCCCAGGAAAACCAGGCACUGGAAAACCUGGGCUACAUGGGCAGCCUGGCCCUGCUGGCCCCCCUGGCUUCUCCCGAAUGGGCAAGGCUGGUCCCCCAGGGCUCCCGGGCAAGAUUGGACCACCAGGGCAGCCAGGGCUUCGUGGGGAGCCAGGGAUACGAGGGGACCAGGGCCUCCGGGGACCCCCAGGGCCCCCUGGCCUACCUGGGCCCUCAGGCAUUGCUGUCCCUGGAAAACCAGGCCCCCAGGGGGUUCCAGGUCCCCCAGGAUUUGGGGGGGAGCCUGGGCCCCAGGGAGAGCCUGGGCCCCCAGGUGAUAGAGGCCUCAAGGGGGAAAAUGGAGUGGGCCAGCCAGGGCUGCCUGGAGCCCCAGGGCAGGGGGGUGCCCCCGGGCCCCCUGGUCUCCCUGGUCCAGCUGGCUUGGGAAAACCAGGUUUGGAUGGGCUUCCUGGGGUCCCUGGAGAUAAGGGUGAAUCUGGGCCUCCCGGGGUACCAGGACCCAGGGGGGAGCCAGGGGCUUUGGGCCCAAAAGGGCCCCCCGGGGUGGAUGGUAUAGGGGUACCAGGGUCAGUAGGGAUGCCAGGCCCUCAGGGCCCAGCAGGGGCCAAAGGGGAACCAGGAACCCGGGGCCCCCCUGGCCUGAUAGGCCCUACUGGCUAUGGGAUGCCAGGGUUGCCAGGUCCCAAGGGGGACAGGGGCCCAGCUGGGGUUCCAGGGCUCUUGGGGGACAGGGGUGAGCCAGGUGAGGAUGGGGAGCCAGGGGAGCAGGGCCCACAGGGCCUUGGGGGCCCCCCUGGACUUCCAGGGUCUGCAGGGCUCCCUGGAAGACGUGGACCCCCUGGGCCUAAGGGAGAAGCAGGGCCUGGAGGACCCCCAGGAGUGCCCGGCAUUCGGGGUGACCAGGGUCCUAGUGGCCUGGCUGGGAAACCUGGGAUCCCAGGAGAGAGAGGGCUCCCAGGGGCCCAUGGACCCCCUGGACCGACUGGACCCAAAGGUGAGCCAGGCUUCACGGGCCGCCCUGGAGGACCAGGGGUGGCAGGAGCCCUGGGGCAGAAGGGUGACUUGGGGCUCCCUGGGCAGCCUGGCUUGAGGGGGCCUUCAGGAAUCCCAGGACUCCAGGGCCCAUCUGGCCCUAUCGGGCCCCAGGGCCUGCCAGGCAUGAAGGGUGAACCAGGCCUGCCAGGGCCCCCUGGAGAGGGGAAAGUGGGGGAACCUGGCAUGGCCGGGCCUAUAGGCCCCCCUGGGGUCCCUGGUUCCCCAGGACUCACGGGCCCUCCUGGGCCUCCCGGGCCUCCUGGCCCCCCUGGCGCCCCUGGGGCCUUUGAUGAGACUGGCAUCGCUGGCUUGCACCUGCCCAACGGUGGCGUGGAGGGAGCUGUGCUGGGCAAGGGAGUCAAGCCACAGUUUGGGCUGGGCGAGCUGUCGGCCCACGCCACGCCCGCCUUCACCGCUGUGCUCACCUCACCCUUCCCCGCCUCGGGCAUGCCCGUUAAGUUUGACCGGACUCUCUACAAUGGCCACAGUGGCUACAACCCGGCCACCGGCAUCUUCACCUGCCCUGUGGGCGGGGUCUACUACUUUGCUUACCACGUGCACGUCAAGGGCACCAAUGUGUGGGUGGCCCUAUACAAGAACAACGUGCCAGCCACCUACACCUACGACGAGUACAAGAAGGGUUACCUGGACCAGGCAUCUGGCGGGGCCGUGCUCCAGUUACGGCCCAACGACCAGGUCUGGGUGCAGAUGCCCUCGGACCAGGCCAACGGCCUCUACUCCACCGAGUACAUCCACUCCUCCUUUUCAGGAUUCUUGCUGUGCCCCACAUAACCCGCGGGGGCCCCUGCUGCCCUGGCCUCGUCCUCUUUAGUGGUAGAGAGACCUUCUCACUUACAAAGAACCUCCACUUAAAGGAAAAAACCAAAGGCUGAACAGAGGCGGGAACAGAGGCGGCCGUGGCCUUGGCCUGAGGAGACUGACUGGGUGUUUCCCUCCUUGGCUGAGGUUGUUUCUGGAAGAAGCUGGCCUGAGUUCUUCUCCCCCAAGUGUCUGUGCAGUUUUGGGGUUGUGCCCCAAUUCCAGCCCUGCCUGACCUGCAGACAGGGCCCUAGGGCACCCGUCCCAGCUGGCAGAGAUCCCUGCCCCCGUGAAUCCUGGGCUCUGCUGGGCGGUGAAGGAUGCUGCUUCUCUGUGAAUCAGAGCUGAGAGGGGAGUGAAUUCCCCCAUCCAUCGCCCUGGGGAGACAUAUUCCCAAGCCCUGCCCUUUCUGCUGGCCCUCUGAUGGCACCUGCAUGGGAAAUGGGGCGUGGCCCAUCUCUCACUACUUGGCUGGGGCUCUUCCAGCUCCCCCGGGACCUCCAGCAUAAGACAGUGGGUCCCCUGGGAGAGUUUUAGUUUCUCUCCAGGGGAAAGGGAGAUGAGGGGGGCCACAGAGGUGGCCAGUGUGGACACCCUGCCAGGACUGCAACCCCAGCAGUGGCGCAGUGGUGUCAGGCUUGUCCAUGGCAGGUACAGGUGCAUGGCCCCUCCUGCAGGCUCCUGAGAAGGGCCGACCCCCUUUCAUUGCUUUCAUUUCAUUUCAUUUCAUUUCAUGGGAAAUGGCAGUUUGAGGGGUAAAGACGGGGGUCGGGCAGGAUGGCAGCUCCUCAAGUGCGCCUCUAUCUCCCAGGCUGCCCCCACCAGCUCUGGCUCUGUUCAGUACGAGGGCAGCCGCCCAGGUUCCUCAGGACAGCCACAGGCGCACAGGAGGCAGGAUGGGCAAUAAGCGACCAAGAGUAUGCCUCCCUUUUUCUCCUUUCACCUGCUGGGGGAGGGCUGAUUUUUUUCAGACAAGAUUGUAAGAGAUCCUUGCCACCCCUCAACUCCAGUAUCCCUAAGGUAGACAGCUUCUUAUUUGCCCUCAGAACAAGGUGCACACGAGCUCGGGGAUGAAGAAGGCAACUGCCUGCUUGUCCUUAAUAAGAACCAUGUGGUGGUUAUGUGUCAACUAGAGGGGUUAACCUGUGGGGGCUUCCUCUCCUUCCACUCUCUGGUUCCAAUUUCCUGUUUUAGGCAGGAUCAGGGCCUGGGAGGCUGAGGCCCUGAGAAAAAGGGUGCCAACAGGCCCCUUUGGAGUGAAUUCAUUCUGCAUGUUUCUGCCAUCUUCUGCAAUCAGAGCUCCCUCGGCAGGAAACAGGCAGGACCUCCUCCUGUCCCCUCAGCCCCUAGUUCAAGUCGAGUGGAUACCACUGAGGUUUGGACCAAGCGUGCACCUGGGCCAGACCACGUGCUCUUGCUGCCCUGCUCCGGUUCUAGCCAAUGGCAGCCUGCCAGUGUUGGGAAUGAAGGCUGACCCCCAACCUCUGACUUGUCACACUGUGGCUCCCUUGGGCCCCUCGCCAGGCCUCCUCCCCACCCAAAACUUCUCCAAAAAGCAGGCCAUUUGACUGCUGGCUUUAACUUUCAAAAAGAGAAAUGAAAACCCCAAUCUGUCCAACUGGCACUUUAACAGGUUUUGGCUGGGGUUCCUGGCGGGUUUCUUACUCAUCAGCAUCUACGAGAACUAAGUCUCAAACCUUACCUCGUGGGGACCAUCUGCUCAGCCUCCUUCCCGGGUCAGAGCCACCACUACCUGACCUGAUAAGCAAGAGUUCCGAUGAGCGGAAAUUCGUCAGCUCCCGGUGGGAGCCUAGAGCCCUAAGGAGGGUUACAAGGAGCCAAAAAAAAAAAAAAAAAAAAAAAAGAUCUGUUUCAUAGAACUGAGCUUCUGCUAAAUAUCAUUCCUGAAGCCUCUGGGGAGAGGUGGGUGUUUCUGAAAUGUUUAUGGGGUUUAGUUCAGGUGUCCACUUAACUGACUCGUUUUGAUAAAUGAUGCUGGGUUUUAACAAUGAGAACUACACUUACCUUGGGUAUUUUUAUAUUGAUUCCUCAUUUUUUUUUUAAAGAUUAAGGUUUAAAUGUUUUCCAUUAGUAAUUUCAUGUCUAACCUGGUAUAGGAAGCUUAGUUCUCUACAUACCUAUUAUGUGCCCUGUGUCACAGAAGAAUCGGGAAAAAUGCACUUGGGAAUCAAAGAAAAUGGGACUUCUUUUUAAAAGAAAAAUGGUAUUGACUGUAUUGACGCAAUCUCAAUAA